AUGUUGCCGCAAGUGCGUUCAGCUACAGAUCUCGUCGACCAUUUUUGCAGCAAUCCGUGGUUUGAAUCGCAGCCGCCCGCACGUAGAACUACUGAACCAACUACUGCUCGUUCUGAAAAAUCUCCGGUGUAUCGGCGUUCUAUCGAUAGGAAUCAUCCGACGCGGGUGGUUGCUAGUGAAGAUGCCAAGGGCCGACGUGACGUGGACCUGCCCGCUUUGAAUACAUUGGUAGACUUGCUGCACAUCCUUGAGACAUGCAUCACAUCAAUUGAGACAUGCAUCACGUGUUUCAUGCUGUCUGCGGAUGCCAUCAUGUGUUAUUUCAAGUCGUUAAGACCUACUGGCACGUAG